CAUACUCUGCCCCCGUCGGAGCUUCGUUUCUCGCAUUCCAUUGUAGCUGACAGGUUUGUAUUGUUGUGUUUCUGGUUCGGCCCCAGUCGUCGCAAGACCGCAGACGCUCUUGACAAGUGCUAUCUGGGUUUCGCGUUUUGAUAUGUGCGUCAGCGCGGGGAAAGGGGAAGGUAGCACGCGUUCUGUUUCGCGAGGGGUUAUGUUGUUAGACUCGUGGUUUGUCUGCUAUGAUUCCAUAGUAACGCGCGUUGUAUGAAAAAGCAAAAAAAGAAAAUGGAAAGGAUCGCUGCAUUAACCGAGAGGCACAUUAUGAAGCUCUUCGCUGGCUUGAAGCGGACGACACGGAAUGGUGACCUGCCUGCCGGGAGGGCGGGAUAUUUUUGUAGUACUUGCGUACCGUAUAGAUUUCUGUGAGUUUGUUGAUGUUCCGCACAUAGUUCACGUGACUGGCGCUUGUCUGCUGCGGAUGGCGCGCGCGCGUUUCCACAAUUGUGAGUGUCGUAUCCGGAUAACUAGAGGUAAGCGUGAAAUUGGUCUUGUGGAGGGGCUUAUCGCCUUGUGCUUUCCUGAAGUUUCCUGUACGUAAAGGUUUGUCCCAAGGGCGUUGUGUACACAUGUCGGUGGUGUCCAGGUCAGUACAGCUCGUCUGUUUGCAUGUUCCAGUAUUUCAUUUUUUUCUUCUCUCUCCCUCUCUCUCACGGAGUAUCUCAAUGUUUUGUGAAUGACAGACGCUCGCCUUUAUGCUGCACAUUGUUGAGUGAAAUGAAAUGAGAUUUAAAAUAAGAGGCAUAAAGCAGUCAUGUAUUAUAACAUUGCAUUUUGUGUCUACAAAAAAAAAAAAAAAAGUUAGUGCUUCCUUUGUUACACUGUGGGAUUUUCGCAGUAGUACAAAUAUGCUUGCAAGAAAUACCUUGUUUAUAUUAACAGCAAGUGUACUUAUUCCUGUCACUUAUGAAAUGUGGCUUUUAGAUGUCUGACACACAAUCAAUGAGCUAUCAGGCUAUAGAAAGUGAAGUGUAAUAUCAUAUGGUAAGCAAAUCACUUUCAAAUAUGCAGAUUCAUUAUAGCUGCCUUUCAAACUCACAGCAGUGUUCCUUUUUUGUGGUUGUCGUAAUGCUGUUUUCUUUUUUUCAGGUAGUCUGGAAGCAUUGAUGAAUGUCUCCUCUACUGACAUAGCAUUGAAAUGCACAUGCCAGAAAGAAAAUAUCACUGAUGUAUUUGUUCGCAACUUUUUUUUUUUUUUUGACCGUUAUAUUUAACAUUAUAAGUGUACGGCAUGCUAUAACAUCUGUCAUGCCUCUACAUGUGUGCUGGAAGACAUUUUUUGAGAAAUUGUGGCAAGAAACACUCGGCAGAGAUGAUAAACUUUGUGGAUGUGAAUACUAAGGACUCUGGCGUUCCUACUUAUGGGAAUAUUAAUUUGUGCUGUGUUUGUUUUUAAAGCCCAUGGAUGUUUUUGGCUUGUAUACUCAUUUGCCGUCUUACCUCACUGAACAGUAAUUUCCCUGCUGUGUUUGUACAUGACCUGAAACUUCUUGCUAGAUGUCUUGUGUUUUUGGAGUUGAUUCCUCUUUGUGGCAUAUUUUGGUUUGUGGUUUUUGUAGCAGACAUGCAACAACUGAUUGUUUUUUCAUGUAUAUGAUGAUGUCACUUGUUUGUGUGUACUUUAUUACUGUGAGUCAAACGUGAGCAGUCAUUGCAGUGCAAUCACAUUGCCGAAGCUGUAUAUUUUGCACAUUCUUUUGCAUUUACGCUUUUCCAGCUUGCUAUGUCUUGAUACUGUUGAGUCUGUGUACUUGCUUUUGAGUAAUUGUGUUGGCCUGUUAAGCUUAAAUUAACUCUGUUUUUCUUCUAGGUUAUUGCCUACGUAGCUAAGUACAACUAGGUGAUAGUUGAAAAAAAAAAAAAAGAUAUUCGUUUUGAAGGUGUUGAAGGAGACAGUAAAAAAAAAAUGUUAAGCCGAAUGCGGCUGGUACAUCACAGUUCUGAAAGUUCGUAUAGACUAGUGUUAGCAUAAGAAAAGGCUUGAUACAUCAUAGACAACGCAAACAUUGAGAAGUAGGUGUGUCUGGGUUAAGGGAUGGGCAACACCUUGUUGAAGUUCGCACAUCGGCUUCCUGUAAUUUCAUUAUGGUAGGGAGUCUAUGGAGCUAAUCAAUCAGUAAUGUUUAACAACUGACGUACAUUGGAGUAUAAGAUAAACGAAAGACUUGGCUGUCAUUGUAAAUAUUUCUAUCCGUAAAUUACUUAUGUAUCCUUGAUGUCACUAUGACUGUCUUGAAGAGCAGUUUUUUUCCGGGAGAAAAUGCAUAAAUGGGUUUAGAGCGCUAAUCAACCAGUCUGGACCGAUAUAAUAUCUCUCUAGUGUUCCUCUAAAGCACUAUUGCUUAGCGCUCCUAUUCAAACAGAUCUCUCGAUAAACCAUAGCAUGAGCAUAACUGACACUUAAACCAGGCCAUUUGCAGUCGUUACAAGGUGACCUUAAUGUAAACGGAGAUUUAUCAGUGCUUACGCUCGGCAGACUUCUAUAGGGGGUUUGUGAUGGCACAGUUUAUGUUAUUAAGUAGAUAUUUUCCGAUAUAUUGGGGUGGGUGACGUCUCUGAGGUAAAUGGUGGCUUGAAAUGUGACGGCAGUGAACUUUUUUUUACACAGUGAGCGAGGUUUGUUGACUCAUUGGCGUUCUGGCUGCAGGCACGUCUUUUGUUGCCAUCAGACCAAUAUCACCGUGCUUACAAGGGGCACAUCCAGUUUCUGUCUGCACCAUUAUACCAGUAGAUCUGGCCAUGCCAUAGCUAUAUGCAAGCAUAGGCCAACCUUGAGUUAAGCAUCAAGAAAGAUGGCAUUGUAAGUUGCACCAGUUAGUUGUUUUUGAUUGUGCACUGCCAUUCAAGUUCUCAUGCCUAUAAGUUUCCUUUUUUUCUUGGUAAUACGUGCAAUUAUGGGUAGCAAGGGAAAAAAAAAAAGAAACGGGGAGGACGCUGUUACUUUUGUUACUAGGGUGAGCCAAAUCGAAUCAUAGUUGCCAGACUCCCCGAUGGCUACCAACAGUCCUCAUGGCACCAUUGGCACAGCUAAUCUCGCGGUGAAAUUGGCCUGUAUGGCAACUUAACAUGUUUGUGCGGAUGCCGGUGUUAAUUGCUUUUUGCUGCCAUAUUUGUCACUUAUUUUCGAUCCAUUCAAAUUCUGAUCCUUUGUCAAGUGGCCCAAUUUCAUUGAUAAUAGCUGUGAUGCAUUGCAUGACCCAACUGCAAAGGAUGUGUAAGUGAUGGAUUGGGAAAAGAAUUGUUACAAAAACACAUUCCUGUCUUUUCUCUCUCAACAAGUUUCACUGUCCUCGUGUGCUAAUCUGUGCCGUUCUGCUGCGGGUCGGCUCGUCUGCCGCACCUUCCUGCCCCAACUUUCCCGUGCAGACUCGUCUGACUAUGCGGGGUUCGGUGAAGCCCGAGAGUGCGUCAACUGCGGUGCCAUCUCCACGCCCUUGUGGCGCAGGGAUGGCACCGGCCACUACCUGUGCAAUGCCUGUGGCCUCUACCACAAGAUGAACGGCUCCACCAGACCCACUGCGAAGCCACAACGAAGAAUGGUACUGCUACCGACUACUUCCCGUCGAGCUGGUCUUUGCUGCUCGAACUGUGGUACCACGGCCACUACCUUGUGGAGGCGGAACAAUGAAGGAGAGCCCGUCUGCAAUGCCUGUGGGCUCUACUUCAAGCUUCACAAUAUAAACCGGCCCUUGGCGAUGCGAAAGGAGAGCAUCCAGACUCGCAAGCGCAAGCCCAAAAGCAAGAGCACUCCCGAUGGCAAAGGGCCACCAGGACCCGAGAACCUUUGCAUUUCCACAAAAGUGGAAAAGGAAGAGCCUUUAGAGCCGAAAGGAUCAGAGGACGAAGAGGGCCUGCAGCGACUGGCUUUGUGCUCGUCAACUCAUUCUACAAGCAGCACCUCGUCUCGAUCCUCCAUGAGCAUCCUUCCCAUCCAGGACAGCAAAGGACCCUGGAAUGCAUAUGACGAUUACGAAGGCACCAGUCACAGUGACGGUGGCACGGACAAGAACUCUGACCCUGCCCGCAUCAUAGAUCUGGCCUCCCAAACAGGGCCAAUGUCUGGCCAACAUUGACCGAUGUAGGUCCUGCGUGGCCUCCCUCCAACCCCGGGCAUGCAUUGGCCCAGCUUAUUGUGCUGCUAAGGACGUUGAAGUCUUCAGCCGUGCUGUGCAUAAUUGGGACCCUGCAUCUCAACUGCUCUCUUGUCUCGUUUCUUGAAGAGUUUUGAAAUCUUUUUUUUUUUCCCUCUUUUCCGUUUUAGAGUGUGGUGCAUUUUUAAGCGGCACUUUUGUGCGCUGACAGUGAGGCGUGUGUCUGUUUGUGCAUGUCUAUGCAUGUGUUUUUGUUUCUGUGUGUGUGCGCGUGCAUGCAUGUGCCCGUGUUCCUGUGAGGAAGGGUAGCAGCCUAGCUACUGCAACUGCCUCCUUAGAUUUUUUUUUUUUCUGCCUGUGUUCACAUUGUGUUCCUAGUUGAACAUAUUACCUUAGGCGCCGUCUUAUAACAUUUCUGUUAUGGCAUUGCGCUGCAUACCAGUUGGUUGUGGGAGCGUUCUGGAAGGCUCUUCCAUGGAAAUGUAGUUAGCUCUAUAUAGUGAUGUUUGCUACAAGUGAAUGAAUAUAGUGUUAAGCAUAGCUUGGAACUGCACAAAUUGUCCUGGUAAAUAGUGUUUAUUUUCACAUAGUAAGUCGGCUUUUUUUUUUUUUUUUAAAGGACCUUUUCUUCGAAUGUGCGGUGUGUACAUCAUGUUUACAGACAGACUUUAGGACUCUAACGAUAUCUUAGCGAGUGACUGUAAUUGCUUUUAGCAGUGAAGGGCAGCACUUUUCUGAGUGGCUUCUUGAAGCCUUGGCUCCAUGACAGCCAUGCUUGGCACUAGAACAUUUUCUCUCUCUCUAAUCUUGCACCAUGUGUUGCCCAUUCGUCAUGCCUACUUUGUGUUUUCACUGAUGGAUUUUGCACCGCCACCAGAACGUAUUCUCAACUGUGAUUUCGUGCGGGGGAGAAAAGCUGGUGGGAGCCUUGAAACAACAGACAGCAUGUCAUGUGCAUGCUUGAAGAAACAUAGCAGCUCUUUUCUGGCACAUCACACAGGUGCUGUUGGCAGCUGUGCCACUGCUCUCGCAUAGCUGCGACUGACCCUUUUUUUUUUUUUUGACGUGAUGUGCGCUGCAACAUCUAGAUUUCCCUUUUUUUUUCUUUUUUGUUUUGUACCACCAGGGCUCCCCAAGGACAGUUAUCUCAUGUAUCAACUAACGCGAUGUGUGAUGCACUGUAUUUCUGAACUGUUUGUCGCGGGGGACACUCUGGUGUUGUUUUCACAGUGUGCAUGCGAGUGUGUGUGUGUGCGUGUGUGUGUGCAUGCGCGUGCGUAUAUGUGCGCGCGCCACGUGACGCUGAGUCACGGAAUAAUGCGUUUAGAGAUUUGUGGCAAGCAUAAUAGUAUUGCCUUAUGCCUCCAAUGUGUUGCUAAGCUGACACAGGUAUGGGACAGAAUCACCUUUAACUUUCACCCGUAGCGUUCGCACACGAGGAAGCCAGGCCAUUGCCGCAGUUACUAUGAUACUUUGUACAACGUGCAUACAACAAUGUUUUUUUCGAGCCUAGAUCGGGAAGAGGAGCUGCACAUGCUGUCUGCAUAACUAUUAUACCCCGGAGGAUCAUACUGUAGCGGCACAAUAACGUUUCUCAACAUCAGCCAGCACUACAAAAGUCGGCACCAGCAAGUGCUAUGUGUUGUGACCUAUUUCCUGCAUUUGUGGCACUUCUUCCUUCUUUUUAGUGUUUUCUGAGCGUUUUUUGUCGUAUUUCGGUCUUCACGUUGCAGUUACUACAAUUAUGAGCACGGUGCUCGGAAAAUACUCACACCUGGUUUCUUGUGAUAGCUCCAAGCUUUGUAGAGAGAGAAAAAAGAAAACUGUACUAAAGUUAAUCGCCAGUUUUUAUAUAUUAUUAUUGCUCCAAAUGUACUUUAUUUAUCAGUACUUGUAGCUAGGCUCGUCGUAAGUGCCUUCAUUUCAAGGCUGCUUGACGAGCAUCUCCUUUUUUGCUCGUCUCCAUUAUUUUUAUUUUCCCCUUCCCUUUGGAGGUUAAAUGCAUCGACGUACCGCAGAGAUUUCACAUUUUGCAUCUCAGCUGUGUGCUUUUAUGUGGGAGUGCACCAAACGCAUGUUGUACUUGUAGCCUCAUCUGCUUCUCUCUUGUGUACCUGCAACAUUGCCUCAUCCAUGUGUUGCAAUUCGGAAGUCACCUUUAGGUUGAUGGUUUUACUUUAGUUGCUGAGUAUAUUUAUAAUAAAACAUAUUAUUUCACAAUG